CACAUGUUAAUAUUUUGCAACCAAAUCCGUGAGAAUGUCUUUCAAAAGAGAAUCUAAUGACGGAAGUUCUCUAAAUUCAUUAAGGCAAAGACGAAUCAGGGAUCUGCUGGCUGUUGACAUCCCUGAAGAUGAAGCCACUCUGCUCAGCAAUGGAAGGUUUUCAUGUGUCGUGUGCCAUCAUAAGCCUGUGUUUGACACAGUCGACAUGUUGGCAGUUCACCGCAGUGGGAAGAGACAUCAAGCCAGUCUACAGCAUCAUGAAGAGAAGAAGGCGGAGCUGCAGGAACUGAUCAGGAAACGGAGACAUGAGGCGUUCAUCAAGACAGGAUCUAGUGAAAUCAAGAUUGCAAGUGCACACUUCAAGGGCAUCGGCAAAAUUACACCUUAUGAUCCGAGAGUUAAAAAGAAAGUGAAGCCUUACGACCGCAAACCAAAGCUGAGCUUAUCAACACCACAAGCCACAUCACCAAAGACAUUACCAGGAAAUAGAGCCAUGGAGGCAAUACAGAAUCAGGGCCUACUGAAACAUCCUAAGCAGCUUAAAAAAAUAUUUGAAAGCCCUGACUCUGAAUUUGCAGUCAGACCGUACCAAAGAAAAUCAGAAAUGGUCAGAGGGGAUCAAAAGAACAUUGUGAAUGAGGCGGGGACGGAUUCAGAAUUGGGAUGUAAUCAUGGACAAAAUGGACAUGCGGUGAGCCAUGCUAGGGGAGUGGGGGUUGAGACAUCUGUAGCAUUACCCCCUCCUCCUCCCCCCGAGCCUGGGGUGUCAAGCAAAGAGACAAGUACAGUGGCAAGAGAGGAAAAGGAUGGAGAAACAGUUCGUUCAGAAAAGAAGGACUUAGCAGAAAAAUAUUGGCAAAUGGCAGGAUCAGGCUGGCGGAAAGACUGGGACGGCAAGUGGAUCAGAGAUGAAGAGUGUGAGUUUGACUCUGACGAGGAGCCGCCUGACCUGCCUUGAUGUUGCAGUGAUAUGAGAUGGUGACAGGAGAGGGAUGAACCAAAAUUGGACUAUGAUUUGUCCAUUGCAGUAUUACUCCAGAGAUGUUGGGGUAGCUGAGUGGUUAAAGCGUUUGCUCAUCACACUGAAGGCCCGGGUUCGAUUCCCCACAUGGGUGCAAUGUGUAAAGCCCAUUUCUGUAGUUCCUGCCGUGAUAUUGCUGGAAUAUUGCUAAAAGCGGCAUAAAACUAACCUCACUCAGUAUUACUGCACUGGGUCAGUGUGACCUUGACCUGCGGAUGUUGCGUCAAUUUGUGUGUUUAGUCAGCUGAUGUCUUCAAGUUGGGAACUGAUAGUUUGGAACAUUGUACACCUUGCACCUGUAUCAACAUUCAGUGUGUUAUAAUGAGGAGAUAUAAAACAUUGACUAAUGUGUGGCUGGUGUGUGGAAAGACUAUGACAGUAUUAUUAAACGUUUAAGACUGUU